CACUCGGAACCGAUCAUCCGUCAUUGUAGCUCACCCAUUGGAAACCAAAUUUGCAUAGCAUUGUGUGAUAUUCACCGUAGAAUUACUGGGGUAGACGAGGACAUUUCGCCCCCGAAGUGUGUUACUUAUCUUUGUUAAGUGUGCUGUUUGUAGGAAAGAAUGAACAAUAUCUUCGAAGGUUUUAAGGUUUAAUUGUGAUCAAGUGAAAGCCGAAUAUCCGUCAGGUUUCACGAGCGCCAUUGGGAGAUGUAACAUAAAGCUAAGGCUGUACUUUUACAAAGUACGUUUUAAUGACUCUGUUUUAAAAAGACAAUGAGUACGCGUCCUCGGACCACAUCGAUCGCUGAGGGUGUUAAAUCUGGUUCUAACGCUCAGUUUGGAGGGAUGAGAACUAUAAAUAAAGAUGGAAGUAAAAUAACAACAGUGCUGGCCACAGCUGGGUCUGGCUCAGACAGAACUCAGGAAGUCUCCUACACAGAUGCUAAAGUCAUUGGAAAUGGGUCUUUUGGGGUGGUAUACCAGGCCAAACUGGUGGAAACAAAUGAACUUGUGGCAAUUAAAAAAGUGUUGCAAGAUAAGAGAUUCAAGAAUAGAGAGUUGCAGAUCAUGCGGAAGCUAGAACAUGUUAAUAUUGUCAAGCUGAAAUACUUCUUUUAUUCUGCUGGUGAAAAGAAAGACGAAGUGUUCUUAAACCUAGUUUUGGAGUAUGUGCCAGAGACAGUGUAUAGAGUAGCUAGGCAUUACAGUAAAUCGAAACAAACAAUACCAGUUCUAUACAUUAAGCUUUACAUGUACCAAUUAUUUAGAAGUUUAGCCUACAUCCACUCGCAAGGUGUGUGCCAUAGGGAUAUCAAACCUCAAAACUUGUUGUUGGAUCCUGAAACUGGUGUUCUUAAACUGAUUGAUUUUGGAAGUGCAAAGGUAUUGGUGCGAGGAGAACCCAAUGUGUCCUACAUUUGUUCUCGUUACUACAGGGCUCCUGAGUUGAUUUUUGGUGCUUCAGAUUACACCUGUCAAAUAGAUGUAUGGUCAGCUGGAUGUGUUUUAGCAGAACUACUGUUAGGACAACCCAUUUUUCCUGGGGACAGUGGUGUUGACCAGUUGGUUGAGAUCAUCAAAGUUCUUGGAACCCCAACGAGAGAACAGAUUCGAGAAAUGAACCCCAAUUACACAGAAUUCAAGUUUCCUCAAAUUAAAGCUCAUCCCUGGACAAAGGUCUUUCGUCCAAGGACUCCUCCAGAAGCAAUUCAGCUGGUCAGUCGCUUACUUGAAUAUACUCCAUCUGCAAGGAUCUCUCCGCUGGAAGCAUGUGCCCACACUUUCUUUGAUGAACUGAGAGACCCUAACACCAGGUUGCCAAAUGGCAGAGAACUACCACUCCUGCUAAAUUUCACUUCACAGGAGUUAGCUAUCCAACCUAACCUGAAUUCUGUCCUUGUACCUCCACAUGCCAGAAACGCAACUGAUCCUGGUGCAGUGGCUGGAGACAACAAUCCUGGUGGUGAUGGGGGGACCACCCAGGGUGCCACAGCUGCCACAGAACCUGUGUGAAGUACUAGUCUUGCAAUGGCUUCUGUCUGCACGAGCAACUGACUGUUUUGGUAGAGUUUCUUUGAUUGACAGUUUAUUGUAUGUUAUAUGUGGGAGCUUCUGUCAGAGACAUAAUAUUCACCUGUUUUAAGCUGUUGCAAGCAUAACAAACUUCACAAACAAAUCAGUGAUUUGUAAUAUCAAAUAUGGAGUUGAUUUGAUGGAGACUGAUUGAAUUUCCAUCAGUUGAAAGGGACAGUGAUUGCAACAUUUCUUCAACAAAUACCAAAAAAGAUGAUGGGACUCCCACUGUAAAUUUUCCUGUGAUGAAUUAGUGUUUUUCUUUUCCUGAACCUAAUUUCUUGAGGAUGGAGGACAUUUUGCCGGUGCAGAGAGCAACUUAAAAGAUAUCAUGGUGUUAGGAUUCAGGUUUCAACUGCCACUCUCCAAAAUUUGGAUGGCUUAUAUACAUUUGCUUGAUUUACAUUGGAGAUUAGACAUACAGAUUUGUAUGAUUGCCAUUUUUUCAGCUGCAUGUGUAGUGAUUAUUGUUACUAAGAUCAAUUUUUCAGUAGAAAAAAGGGACAAAGAUUGUUUCUUGGAUAUCAAGUUGAUAUUAUACAGUGCAUGAUGCAUAUCUUGAGAACAGAAACACAGUGUGUGUUCUUUGAAUUGAAUUUUCUUGAGAUAGAUUUACAGAUUUUCUUGAAUUCUAUUGUUAGAUACUUAUAUGAUAUGGCGAGACUUGGUUGAUGUCUAGUGUAAUUGGGUAUUAUGAAGAUAAUUAAUGUGUAUUAUCAUGUAAAUUUGUAUCAAUGGCACUAAAAUAGAUAACACUCUCUUUGAUCCUUAUAUGUAUAUGUCAUGUUCAGAUAUUUGAAGAAUGUAGAACUGUUCUAGAAAGAACAAACUUCAUUAGUUACUGAACUUUAAAAAAGGCAUUUCACAUUCAGUUUUAAUCAGUGGUUGUAUGACUGAGGUAUGAAUGUUGCUAAAUCUUGUAUGUGAGAGGUUUCUUUUCUUUUAAUGUCGGGUGAAAAAUAGGCAAGAUAUUUAUAGAUGUUUUAAAUCUGAAACUAUUUAGUCUUGUUCGUAACUUAACGUAUUAGUGUAUAGUCAUUGUUUUUAUUGUUUAUAUACAUUUAUAAAUAUUGUUAUUGACUGCAACUGACCUCAUUCAGAAAGAGAGUGAAAUAUAAUGUAAAAAAGAAAUGCUUAAAAUAAUCAACAUUUUCUGUAACUGUAUUUGUUUUAUUAAACUCUAAUUUGUUAAUAUAUAAGUAAUUAUCAAAGACAAUUUUAACUUUUUUUAAAAUUGAAAUUUAGUGAAAAUUACCAAUUAUGCCCAGCCUGUAUUGAGAUCAGUUAGUCCUCUCUACUGUGGAGUAUUUUGCCUCAGAUCUUAAACAUGAACAUAUCUAGUCGUUUUACCAUUGUGAAUAUUGCCCAUUUUUCUGCAAGUGUUCCCAUUUUUCCCAAAGAACUUAAGCUUUGUAGUCUUUGGAGAGGCAUAGGACUUCAGUUGUUUCCAUUUGAAAAAAAACUGAAUACAUAUUAUGACGAAAAUUUUAAGUAAAUUUAUAAAACAUUUGAAACUGUUCACUUUUCAGUAAUGCUGAACAUUUUAAAAAAAAAUUAGUCUGUAUUAAAACAAGCAUUGGUUAACUCUAUAUAAAAGAUAUAGUCCAUAUUUUAUUUGUGUGUAGAAAUGUAUACAGAUCCUGCCACACAACGGCAAAAAAGUAAUACAUCUGAAGAUUAGAAUUAUGAACUGUGAGAAGAAAUUUUCACAUUAAAUCUUCAAUAUUUCAACAAAAAUAUAAAUAUUACUGUUUAACUUAGUAAAGUUUAUCUCUGUUACACUUUUUGUAGAAUUGUAUGCAUAACUUGCCAAGCACAGGCAAAAAUGAAUACAUAUAAAGAUUAGAAUAAUGAACCAUGAAAAUAAUUUUUCAUGUUUUUAUACUGUAUCCACUGUCUGAUGGGAAAUGUUUUAUAAGCAUGUGUGUGACGGAAGGGAGUAGUAAUGGUGUUCAGACUCAACAUUUUAUUAUGUGGUAGUGAUAAAAAGGUACUGCAUGCCCUGUAUCAUAGCUUUCUAUGUUUCAAAGAUGUUAUUUAAUCCUCACCAUUUCAUUCACCAAGUGAACAUGAUACAACAUUUGUGUGAGUGCCAAGAUCAUUUGUAGAUAUAAACUUGGUAAUUGUUAACAAGGAUGCUAGAGCUCUGCAUCCUUUACUAUAAAUAUGAUAAAAAUGUUCUGGAAUACAAGUUUAACUUAGAAUAAAUGACUGAAAUGUU